AUGAGUUUAGGAGUACUUUACGUUAUAAUGACAUUGAUAUUGUUUUCUUUUGUGAUGAUCGAACAGCCUAAUGCAACCAAGUAUACUGGUUGGUCUUAUCAUUGGUUUCCACGAGCCUUGCAAUAUUAUUUCGGUGUGUGGUGCGGUAUGGUAGGAUCAUCUGUAGAUUGUCAUGCAUUGAUGACAUACCCGUCGGAGUACUUUGGUGAAUAUUCUGGAGCUAGAUGGUUGGCUAUAGUUAUGGAGAAGAAAGUUAUUGUCCGAUGGUUACCAGACAUAAUUUUCGGCUUGUUAGCUUUGAUAUAUUUCAGUCCUCCUCAUCGAAAUGAUGCGCAUUGGUCCUCUGUAUGGAUGUGGCGGAGUAUGGGAGUAACGUGUCUUGAAGCUCUACUACUUGUUGCCAUGAUCUAUGGCCAACCCUUACUCAGUCCUGAUAAACCAAACCCCAAGACCACUGACCCGCAAACUCCAGACACGGUACCCACUGGCCUCCGUGAGAGGACGGAUGCUGUGGCAACGGACGUGGAAGCCGGGUUAUUGGGAAUGGAGGAGGGAGACUAUAAAGAACUCGCUCUCAGCACACUCACUCGGUUCUUCGAUAGCAGAUAUUCUGUUGUCACGUGGAUAUGGAGCUCCAAUUGGUUCACAAAAGUCGCACCUGGCUACACCAACGUACUAGGUUACCUACUACAUUUCCCGCUCGUUUGGCAACCUAUGUUCGACAAGAACAAAACCAUUUCCGGGCAAAAAUCACUUCUCUUUAUGCUGGUCCUUUGGUGGCUAUGUCUUAUUGGGAACUGCCUCUUUAGCAAAAUCAAGACAAUACUCGACCGAUGCUUUUUCUCCAUCUCACAGUAUGUUGUCUCAUAA